AUGUUAAACCUUCGCGGUAAAUGGCUCGUCUACCUGAUCACGGUGGUCAGUUCGACGGGUUUCUGUCUGUUCGGCUACGACAAUGGCUUGAUGGGCCAGAUCAUCUCGGAGCCCAACUUCCUCGACAUCAUCGGUAACCCCAAUGCGGCCGUUCAGGGCUUCGUGGUCUCCUCGUACGAUAUCGGAUGCAUGCUGGGCGCCCUGGCCGCGGUGCUGGUCAGCGAGCAGAUUGGCCGUCGCCGCACCAUCAUGCUCGCCUGUGCUGUACAUCUGGUCGGCGACGUCAUCAACGCGUCCUCGUUCUCGCUCGCGCAGGUCCUAGUGUCUCGGAUCAUUCUGGGUGUCGGUCUCGGUCUAUUCACCAGUGCCUCGCCCGUCUGGCUGGCUGAAACGGCCACCGCGGAGAUGCGAGCCGUCAUGGUGGCCGUUCAGCUGACGUGUCUGAUCAUCGGCACAAACCUGGCCUACUGGGUGGAUUAUGGUCUGGGGUUCCUGAAUAAUGAGAUCAGCUGGCGGGUCCCGUUUGCCCUGCAGGCGGUUUAUCCGAUUGUCGCCUUGGGCUUCACGCUGUUCCUUCCCGAGUCCCCGCGCUGGCUCGCAGCUCACGGCCACACCGAUGCGGCCAUUACCGCGCUGUCUGCGCUGCGUGACCUACCAGAGGACCAUGAACUGGUCCUAGCAGAAAUGCAGGACAUCAACUCUGCGAUCGAGCUUGAGACCGACGGCUCUUCCUGGACUGCCCUCUUCAAGCAAGGCCCGAGCAAGGUGCGCACGCGGGUCAUUGUCGCCUGUGCCGCGCAGUCGAUGCAAUCCUACUGCGGGAUCAACUUUGUGGAAUAUUAUUUCCCCUUCAUCCUGAAAAACUCGGUCGGCCUGAGCACCAACACGGGAAAUCUCGUUUCCGGGUGCUCGCAGAUCUGGUUCCUGCUGUCCUCUUUUCUGACCUGGUUCAUCAUCAACCGACUGGGGCGCCGACGGCUGUUCUAUUUGGGGAACAUCGGCAUGGGUUCCUGCAUGAUAGCCGUCUGCAUCACGCUGUGGAAAGAUACCAAACCCUCCGACACGGCAACCGUGGUGUUCUUCUUCCUUUAUCUGUCCUUCUUCACCUGGGGCUGGAUGUCGAACAUGUGGACGUACCCGGCCGAGAUCCUGCCCCUCCAUGUCCGCAGCAAGGCACUAGCCCUGUCCGUCUUCUUCCUUUGGGCGAACCAGUUCUGGACCGUCGAGAUCGCCCCGGUUUCCAUCGACAAUAUCGGCUGGCGCACGUAUAUCAUCUGGGCGGUCCUCAACUUCGCCUCCUGCAUCAUCGUGUAUCUGUAUUUCCCCGAGACCUCGUCUCUUACCCUCGAGUCGGUUGAUUUCCUGUUCUCUUCCUCUAAGGAUAUUAGAGAGGUCGUCGCGAAAAGUGAAAACCUGUGGGCCAACUCCAUCCGCCUCGAGGUUGGAGCUGCUGCUGCUGCUGCCACUGCGGGAGAUGUUCAGGAGAAGGCGAUCGAGGGGGGUGCUGGACAGUCAUCUCACUUGGAGGAUGCCUAG